AUGGAAGAAUUAUUAUUAGAAUUUCAUUUUGAAACGAAGAAUAUUUUAUUUAAAAAUUUUACUUUUGAAGAACUUUCAAAACAACGUAUUACAAGUCAGCAAUUAUAUGAGUGGUCAACACCAGUGGACAUUAUUGAAGAUUAUCAAUCUUAUUUAAAUGAAUUAUCAACAUCAUCAUCAUCGUCGUCGUCUUUAGCAGCACAAGUUUUCUAUAAUUGUACAUUACCAAGAUUCGGUUCAAUGUGCCAAUAUGAAUUAUAUAAUUAUCAUGAAAAUUAUUUAUCUUUAUAUGAAAUCAUUUAUGAUUUCUAUCAUAAUUAUGAAUACUUUCCAAAAAUUGUAACUUGCUAUACACAUUUAGAAUGCUAUCGUGGUCCUUAUCCAUCAUGUUUAGAUUGGAGUGAAAUUUGUAAUGGAAGAGUUGAUUGUCUCGAUGGCGACUUUGAUGAAGAACAUUGUUGGCAACUUGAAAUGAAUACAUGUCAAGACAAUGAAUUUCAAUGUCCUAAUGGACAAUGUAUACUAAAAUCAUUUAUUGAAGAUGCUAUUAAUGUUACUUACUGUCUUGACGAACCUGAUGAUUAUUAUCGACAAAAUUUCGCUGUGACUCGCUGUGAAAUGACAGAACCAUCAUUUAAUUGUGAAGAUAUAAGGGGUAGUGAUAAGUUGUUAACAAGUUCGUAUUUCUCGCAACGAGAGAAUAUAUUAUUACGUGCCAUGUUUUCUGUCAAAUAUAUUUCUAUAUCUGAUGAUUGUUGGUUUUCAUUCAUAUGUAAAAUUUACUGGGAUCUUUUGGGUGAUUCAAUUUGUGACAAUUAUUGUUCUAACGGUGAAUGUAAUGAUGUUAUUGAGAGAGAAUGUCCAGACAUGAUGUUUAUUCCAGGUAUUCCAGUUUUAUUUGGUCAUAUUUAUUUUGCUUAUAGAAAAAAUCAUUCAAAAAUUUCAAACAAUUCGGAUUUCGGUUACCCUUACGUGUGUUAUAAUAAUUCAAUUUAUGAUAAUUAUUUUAUAAAUUCAUCAAAAGUAUAUUUCAAUAAUACAAUAUGUUAUUAUCGGCAAAGUAGAUAUUUUCUAUAUCAUUCAUUCGCCGGCUGGGAUAAAUACUAUUUAUUACCUUACUAUCGUGAUCUUUGGGAAUAUCAUUACAUGUCAAAAUAUAAUCAAAGUUCUAAUUAUUUUUCUAGAAUGUGUAACAAUUCAGAUAUGUAUCGAUGUAAUAAUUCAAUUCAAUGCAUUUCGAUGAACAAAAUUAUGAACAACGCAAUCGAUUGUCCUAAUGGAGAUGAUGAAAAUAUUCUUUAUGUUGGUCAUAUUAUUUUACCAGACCAAGCCAAAAACACUUUUUAUAUGUUUCCCGAAGACAUAAAAAUGAUGCUUCGAUAUGUAAGAAAACACAUUUUAUUUCAAACAAUUUGUGAUGGAUUCGUUGAAUUAGCACCAAUACUUAUUGGUGAACAAAAUCACACAGAUGAAACAGAAUGUGAACAGUGGCAAUGUAAUAAUAUCUAUACCCAUUGUAAUGGUUUAUGGAAUUGUCUAAAUGGCGCGGAUGAAAUCGGCUGUGAUUCGUCUUCAUUAUUAAAUUGUUCUCCGAAUGAUCACAUAUGUAUUUCGCCUCAUACAAACCAAUUCAUGUGUUUACCUAUUACGAAAGCAAAUGACGGUAAUAUCGAUUGUGUUGGAGCUUCUGAUGAAACAUUACUAUGUCAGCGUGGGCAGUAUGUAUUACACAAUAGAAAUAAUUUCUAUUGUAUAAAGGGAAACAGUGGUUAUUGUAUUGCCUUCUUUGAUCUAUGUGAUGACUAUCAAGAUUGCAUUGAUGGAAGUGACGAACAAUUCUGUGAAAAAAAUCGAACAUAUCCGGAAUUUGGUAAUUCUAUUUGUGAAUCAUCUGUUUUACUAUUGGGUUCUGAUGUUGAGCAGUUUAUAUGCAACCGUAUGAAAAACUUUGUGAAACAGCACCUCAUAUAUUUUUCACUGGACAGAAUGCAUCAAACAAUCGAUGACCAAUCAAAACAUAUCGAAAACGGAAUACAAUUAAACUCAAUUAUGACUAAAAUGCCACAACAAGUUAAACAUAAUUGUAAUCGUGGUGUUGAUUUACGUGUUUGGUUGAAUAAUGAGAAUAGUUCAACACGAAUUACAUGUCUUUGUCCAUCUAGUUAUUAUGGUGAUAAAUGCCAGUAUCAAAAUGAAAGAAUAAGUUUAACACUACAAGUUCGAGUAUUAUCUGAUUCUUUGCAAAUACCAUUUUCAAUAAUUAUUUUACUUAUUGAUAAUACUGAUCAAAGAAUAAUUCAUUCAUACGAACAAUUAAAUUAUUUAUCUGUAAAAGAUUGUAACAUGAAAUAUAAUAUUUAUUUAACUUAUGCAACUCGCCCAAAAGAUUUAAAAAAAAAUUAUUCCAUACAUAUUGAUAUUUAUGAAAGAAUUUCAUUAACCUAUCGUGGAAGUUAUUUAUUUCCUAUUUAUUUUCCGUUUUUACCUGUUCAUCGUCUAGCAUUAAUAGUUGAUAUUCCACAAAAAGGUGAUAAAAAUAUUCAAACUUGUUCCAACAAUCGAUGUAAUCAUGGUAAAUGUAUUAAAUAUUUAAAUAAUGCAGAAAAUAUAACUUUUUGUAAAUGUGACAACGAGUGGUUUGGAGAAUAUUGUAAUAUUCAACAAUCUUGUCAAUGUUCUAAUGAUUCAUUAUGUAUUGGUGUUUUACCUAACAAUCGAUCUAUAUGUAUUUGUCCUAUUGAUAAAUUUGGUCCUCGAUGUCUUCUUCCUAAUUCAAUCUGUCAAAAUUCAACAUGUCAUAAUGAUGGUCAAUGUAUUCCCAAUGAUAAUUAUUUAAUAUACAAUCAAAAAUUUGUAUGUAUUUGUUCAAAAGGGUUUAUUGGAGAACAAUGUGAAUCAGUUGAUAACAAGCUUAUUCUAUCUUUUGAAAAAAGUAUCGUUCGAUCACAAUCAAUGUUUAUUCAUUUUGUAGAGGUUAUUAACAAUAAUUUUCCAAAGAGGGCAACAACAUUCAAAAUGAUGCCUAUUAGACAAGAUUCAAUUAUAAUCUAUUGGUCACAUCCGUUUCAUCUUGUUUUUGUUGAAUUUUUUGACAAGAAUUAUUAUUUUGUUGUUCAUGAAACUAUUUACAAUCAAUCGACAACAAUUGCUAAAAUGAUAAAUCCAUCUGAUCAUUGCCAACAUAUAAGUAAAAUAUUUAAUGAAAGUUUUGCUAAAUUAGAUCUUAUACGCCGUAUUAAAUACUAUCAUUUAACAUGCGAGCUAUAUUCAUCAAAUUUGAAAUGUUUUUAUGAUGAUAUUCAUCUUUGUUUAUGUUAUGAUUUUAAUCGAAAACGUUUAGCUAAUUGCUUUGAAUUUGAUCAUAAUAUGACAUUUGAUUGCUUAGGACAAAGUGUUUGUGAAAAUGAUGGUCAAUGUUUUCAAGAUCAUCCGAACUGUCCACAUAAAUCAAUAUGUGUUUGUCCUUUAUGUUAUUACGGAACACUAUGUCAAUUUAGUACAAGUGGAUUUGGCCUAUCACUUGAUGCUAUUUUAGGUUAUCAUAUUCUACCAAAUAUUAGCAUAAUACAUCAGCCAAUCAUUAUAAAAAUUAGUUUAACAUUAACUAUAAUCUUUGUUGUGUUCGGAUUAAUUGAUGGUUUUCUUUCUAUGAUAACAUUUAAAACUGAAACAACACUUACAGUUGGCUGUGGUAUAUAUCUAUUAGGGUCAUCUAUUACUACUCUUCUUACAAUGAUAAUAUUUGGAUUAAAAUUUUGCAUACUUCUUUUUGCACAAAUAACAGGCAUAUCAAAUAGAUUAUUUUUACGAAUUCAAUGUAUUUCUCUUGAUUUUUUUCUACGAGUCUGUCUUAAUAUGGAUCAAUGGUUAAAUGCAUGUGUAGCUAUGGAACGAGCAGUAACUGUAAUACAAGCUAAUCGAUUUAAUAGGAAAAAAAGUAAACAAAGCGCUAAAUUAGCUAUUAUUAUUCUUUUGGUUGUUAAUAUUGUUACAUCUAUUCAUGAUCCUUUUUAUCGACGUUUGAUUGAUGAAGAAAAUGAGGACGAAAGAAGAAUAUGGUGCAUUAUUACUUAUCCAACUGGCUUACAUGCAUUCAAUUCUAUUAUGCAUACAUUUCAUUUUCUUGCUCCAUUUCUAAUCAAUCUAAUUUCAGCUGUUAUUCUUAUAAUAAAGAAAUCUCAGCAACAAUUAACUAUUCAAACUAAUCGAACUUAUAAAGAACUUUUACGAAUACACUUUGAAAAGCAUAAACAUUUAUUGACUGCUCCUAUUAUAUUGGUUAUUCUUGCAUUACCACGUUUGAUUAUAUCUUUUGCAUCGAAAUGUAUGAAAUCAGGUAAUGAUACGUGGAUAUUUCUUAUUGGAUAUCUUAUUUCAUAUAUUCCACCUAUGCUUACUUUUGUUAUAUUUAUAUUACCAUCCAAAUUUUACAAAAAUCAAUUUCAUAAGAAUCUUGCUNUUGAAAAGCAUAAACAUUUAUUGACUGCUCCUAUUAUAUUGGUUAUUCUUGCAUUACCACGUUUGAUUAUAUCUUUUGCAUCGAAAUGUAUGAAAUCAGGUAAUGAUACGUGGAUAUUUCUUAUUGGAUAUCUUAUUUCAUAUAUUCCACCUAUGCUUACUUUUGUUAUAUUUAUAUUACCAUCCAAAUUUUACAAAAAUCAAUUUCAUAAGAAUCUUGCUAAGUAUCGAACUAAUAUACAGAACUAUUUAAAUAUUCUUUUACAAAGUCCCCAGUUCAACAAAUCCGAUGCUGGAUCCGAUCGGAUCCGAGACCGUCGAAAUGCAAUGCGAUUCCGUCACCAGGAUUUCAUCGGAUCCGUCGAAUUCCUGUAG